ACGUAUCGUGAACGACACACUUCAAUUAUUUAUGAUGAUCCCUCUAAACAAGCCCAAGCUUAUCACCAAAUGUCUCUUCUAUUACGAAGACCGCCUGGGCACAAAGCUUAUCCAUGGGAUGUUUUUUAUUUACAUUCACGCCUUUUGGAAAGAGCUGCUAAAUUAAAUUCUCUUUUAGGUGAAGGAAGUAUGAUCGCUUUACCAAUAGUGGAAACCCAAUCGGGAGAUGUUUUGGCUUAUAUUCCUACUAAUGUCAUUUCGAUUAUAGAUGGACAAAUAUUUUUAUAUGUUGAUCUAUUCAAUGCUGGAAUCCGACCCGCUAUUAAUGUGGGGAUCUCUGUUUCCAGAGUGGGGUCUGCAGCUCAAAUUAAAGCUAUGAAACAAGUAGCUGGUAAAUUAAAAUUGGAACUGGCACAAUUUGCAGAAUUAGAAGCUUUUGCACAAUUUGCUUCUGAUUUCGAUAAAGCUACUCAUAAUCAAUUGGCAAGAGGUCAACGCUUACGUGAAUUGCUUAAACAAUCCCAAUCCGCCCCACUCGGGGUAGAAGAAAAGGUAUUGACGAUUUAUACCGGAACAAAUGGUUAUCUUGAUUCAUUAGAAAUUGGACAGGUAAGGAAACUUCUUGUUGAGUUACGUACUUACUUAAAAACCAAUAAACCGCAGUUUCAAGAAAUAAUAUCUUCUACCAAGACAUUCACCGAGGAAGCAGAAGCCAUUUUGAAGGAAGCUAUUAAGGAACAGAGGGAACAUUUUAUACUUCAAGAACAAGCAGCCUAA